GUGACGUCACGGCCUGGUCUGCGUAUCCUGGGCUGGUCGCGGCUCCAGAGCGCUCGCACGCGCGGAGAGAUCCCGACUAACCUGCUGGUGACGACUUUUCUUUUCCUGUCUGUCUGUCGGACUUCAGCUCGUUUUAUUACCAGUCCUGCGAACAAUCUACGAGAGAGGGAGUGAGAGAAGAGAGCGAGAAAAAAAAGAGAGAAAACAUCGGAACAUCUUUUUUCGAAUCGACUUUUUCCUCUCCGCGUCGCUCCGGAGAAGAGCGAGAAUGAAGACGCCGUCAAUGUGGGCGCGCGCGGUCGCCCUGGCGCUCGCGCUGUCGGCCGCCGUCGUCUCCAGGAAAGUGAACAAACACAAGCCCUGGAUCGAGACAUCAUACCGUGGUGUGAUCACUGAGAACACUGACGUGGUUCUACUCGACCCUCCUUUGGUGGCACUGGACAAGGACGCUCCUGUCCCUUAUGCGGGAGAGAUCUGCGCCUUUGGCGUCCAUGGUUCAGAUGCUCCAUUUGAGGCUGUAGUCCUAAACAGUACGUCUGGAGAAGGCCAGCUGCGGGCACGGAGCCCUAUCGACUGUGAGCGCCAGAGAGAGUACACAUUCUCCAUCCAAGCACACGAUUGCGGAUCCGGUCCCGGAGGCAUCGGCGCGAAGAAAUCACACAAGGCAGUGGUACACGUGCAGGUUGGUGAUGUGAAUGAGUUCUCCCCUGUGUUCAGCAGUGCUGUGUAUUCAGGCUCUGUGCAGGAGGGCAGAGUGUGUGACAGCAUCCUGCAGGUCGACGCCACAGACCGAGACUGUUCUCCUCAAUACAGCCAGAUCUGCAACUACCAGAUCGUCACAGAGAACGCGCCGUUCGCUAUCGACCGCAACGGCAACAUUAGGAACACGGAGAGCUUGAGCUUCGACACUCAACCCCACUAUGAGAUCAGUGUGACAGCUUUUGACUGUGGGCAGAAGAGAGCGACACGAAGUGCGACUGUACACAUUCAUGUCAAACCCAUCUGCAAACCCGGCUGGCAAGGCUGGAGUAAACGUGUGGACUAUGAGCCAGGUAUGGGUAGUAAACCACUGUUUCCCAAGAUGCACCUGGAGACAUGUGAGGGCACGGUGUCUUCGGUCAGGACCACUGUCGAGCUACAGACAGGGCAUAUCGGCAAAGGCUGUGACAGAGAGACCUAUUCGGAGAAAUCUCUGCAGAAGCUUUGUGGAGCUUCUUCAGGCAGCACUGACCUUCUCCCCGCCCCCAGCGCCGCUUUUAAUUGGACAAUGUCACUGCUGACUGAUGGAGGGCGCGACAGUGAGCUCAUAUUCCGAUUUGAUGGACGGCAAGCAGCCAAGAUUCCUGGCUGGGUGGCACCGCAGAACUUAACUGAUCAGUUCACUAUAGCAACAUGGAUGAAGCACGGGCCGAGUCCUGGACUGAGAGGCGAGAAAGAGACGCUGCUUUGUAACUCGGAUAAAACAGAGAUGAACAGGCAUCAUUACUCUCUGUAUGUGCACAACUGCAGACUGGUGUUCCUACUGAGAAGGGAUUACACCCAGAGCUCUUCAUUCAGACCGGCCGAGUUUCACUGGAAACUGGAACAGAUCUGUGACAAGGAGUGGCAUUACUAUGUCAUUAAUGUCGAGUUUCCUGUGGUGACGUUGUAUGUGGACGGCGUGACCUACGACCCCUACUUAGUGACGGACGACUGGCCAAUCCACUCGUCUCAGAUCGACGUACAGCUCACCGUCGGAGCCUGCUGGCAAGGAGGUGAGGUUUCUAAAGCCAGGUUCACGCAGUAUUUCCGUGGAAGUCUGUCAGGUCUGACGGUGAGGCCUGGAAAGAUCGAGAGUCAGAAGGUGAUUUCCUGCCUGCAGGCUUGCAAAGAGGGACUGGACAUCACAUCUCUGGAGAGCAUGGACAAGGGAUUAAAGUUCCAUUUUAACCCGGCGCAGUCGGUGCUGGUGAUAGAGGGAGAAGAUCUGGAGCAGGUCAACGCAGCGCUGAGGAAAGUCUCCUACAUCAACUCGCGCCAGUUCCCCACCGCCGGCGCGCGCCGCAUUCACAUCUCCACCACAGUACAGUGUUUCGGAGAGGAUGUGUGCAUCUCUGUUCCUGACAUCAAUGCAGUCGUCAUGGUAAUGCAACCAAGUGAACCGAGAAUCACAAUAACAGGGGCGGAGCAUCUCAGCAUCCCUGCCCCGGACCUUGCCCUUGGCCUGUCAUUGUUCAGGGAUUUGCAUAUCAGCAGCACCGUCAUGAAGAGUGACCAAACUGCACACAAACAGGUACUUAAACCCAUGUCAGGCAUGUUAGAAGAAAUCGUCCAUAAUCUCGACUACUGUGACAUCUUGGUGUUAGGAGAGGAGUUAAGGGAGGGGUUAGAGACCCUCCAGCUGCCACACAGUGCACUCCUGGGCAAACACUUGGACUACACAAACUCGACAUCCGGCAUGUCAAUUUAUGGUGUGGAUUCCAUGGUUCACUAUGCGCAGGUCAUCAGACAGGUGCGAUACCAAAACCUGCAGAGCGAUGCAUCAGCAAGAACAUUUAGAGUGACCUGCUCUGAACUCAACGGGCGAUACACCAGCAACCCAUUUACACAGCAGAUUAAUAUACUUCACAGAGAACAGCCUGUCAAGCAUGUCAGUCAUAUAAUGGCUAAACCCAAAACCAUGCAACUUAGUCAUCAUCCAAUCACAGCCUUCAACACCCAGAGCUCUGAUGUGCCCAGUGUAGUGAUCGUGGUGUGUGUUGCUGUUCUGAUGGUGGUAAUAGUCUCGGUCAUCUACCAGCUUUACCUCAAACACGUCCAGGAGGUCCCAGAUACACACACAGAAUUAAAGGAAGAGAAGGACUUGGAUCUCUCAGCCCUUACCAUUAUUGUGAACCCGUUGGAGAGCUUUGAGGAGCUGCAGCCAGCAGAAGAAUUAACUGAAGAAGAAGUGGAGGACGAGGAGGAAGAUGACGACGAUGACAUCACUAGCAGUGAAUCAGGCAGUGAUGAUGAUGAAGAAGAGGAAGCUCCAAUUUCCAGCAUGCAACCACAGGCAGAAAUGCUGAGCAAGCUACACUGGCCAAAGGCGUCACUGCACUGCUGAGAACACCUUCCCACACACACACACACACACACACACACGCACACACGCACACACAGACACACAAACAGACACACUCCUGUAUAUUUGAAGGAUGCCUUCAUGAAAAAACAGGAAUAUAAGAGAUCCACUGAGAAGAAUUUUCCAAGGCUGUAACACAGUUACAUGAGCAGACUUCAGCUUGGCAGAUGAUUGAUGCUGUAUAAAAUGGUGAAGGUGACACCAAACAUUAUUUUAGACCGUUUGAAAAUUACAUUAUAAUACACACUAUAUGCCCAGAAAGUAUAUGGACACCUGAUCAUCAUUCCUUAUUUGGGUCUUAUCCCAAGCACACAAUUGUGUGGAAUAUGCUGUGAAUUUAAGGUUUAACAUAAUUGGAACUAAGAGGUCCAAACCUGUUCCAACACAACUAUACCCCUGUGAGAAACAUAAAGCUUUAUCAAGACAUGGUUUGAGAAGAUUGAAAUAGAGGAAUUCAAGUGUCCAGCACAGAGACCUGACCUCAACCCUACUGAACUCCUUUUGAAUGAAUAGGAAUGCAGAGCUUGCUAAUGCACUUGUGGCUGGAUUGGUUAUGCUCCAAAAUCUAGUGGAAAUUAUUCUCAGAUAAUUGGAGAUUAUUAUACAAGUAGAGGAGGACUAAUUCUGGAAGAGGAUGUUCAGCAAGCACAUAUGGAUAUAAUUGAUCAGGUGUGCACAUACUGUUGGUUAUAGUUAAGUUUUAGACACAUGUAUACAUCAGUCAUUUAAGUCAGAUAGUGAUGAGAUCAUUUUGUUUCAUUUUGACUUUUUUAUCCAGUCACAGCAAGAAGUAUGGAAUGAUCUCUGAGCUUUAUUAGCUUUACGUACCUCUAUGGAGUCUCAAUCAAUGAAAUCUUUAUUAAGUUCAUUUAAAUCAUGAUUGUGGUAUUGAUGAAAUUUCAACCAAAUCAGUUAUGCGUUGGGAACUACAAAACAACUGAAAAACAACUUCUUAAUAUACCAAGGAAUAGAUCAGAAAUGUGUGUGGGAAAAGAAGUCAGAUGCCAUGAUGCAUUCUGUAACACACCCCAAGAUGAUGAAAAUGUUUUCAAUUAUUUCUGUCGUUCACAUAAUCCGCAAAUAUUUGUUUUAAUAUUGCCGUAACAAAAAUAGUGCAAUUGACAUAAGCCUAAUCAACCAACCGAAUCUGAAACCAGCUCUCAAAUAGUCCUUUAUGCUUCUGCAACAUCACAUCAUCAUCAGAACAAAGUAGAGCGCCAAGAUGAACUGUACAAAAUAGUCAAGUGACCUAAUAAAAAUACAUUCAUGUAAGGGAAAUUUUGUCAGCAGAACAGAAGUGACUGAAUCAUUCAGUGCUUAUUGCCUCACUGAUCUUACAGUGAAGAGAAAUCAGGCAAAGUGAUGAGACAGAGACCGAUGUAGAUGUUGCACAUUAACAAAAUGAGAACUCAUUUCCCACUGUUAACUUGGAAUUCGGCAUUUGUGUUGUUUUUCCAUUAUUUGGCAACUAGGGUAAAAAUCUUCUUGAUGUGUUCUAUUAGGACACCAAAUUCAGUAAAUAAAAAUUGCUCUCUGUAGUUCUCAGAGCUUUUUCUCAGGCCAGUAUACAUUCCUCUGCACCAUGUUCUCUACAUAAAUAAGAGAUACCACACUUUGCCAAUCUCUAUACAGACGCUCCCCACUUUUUUUUACGAACAUUCACUUUCACGGAUCCGAACAAACCUGAAAAUUCAAAACAGAGGAGAGCGGCUGCGAGCUAGUCGUCAACCGUGAGGAGUCGACAUGAUGCGCAAUGGACUCGGGCGAGUGAAUUUAUUUAAGUGAAUUUUUUUUUUUAAUUAAUUUUUUACUUAAUACAAAUUAUUUUAUACAGUAUUUCGAUUAUUUUGAUUUGUUUUACUAUUUUAUUGUUUAUUUUUAGUAUUUAUAGCUUUUACAUUAUUAGGAUAUAUGUGUAGUCAAUAACGAACAACUUACAAACAAAUUGAUGGUGCGUUCGGAGCGUAACUCGUUCGUAAGUUGGGGAGCGUCUGUAUAUCCUUAUGAUUAUCACAAUUGAGGUUUAUAUUUUGAGGAAUUUUAUUAAAAAUGUAGAUGACCUUUCGAAUAGAGGUCCACCGAUAUACCGGUUUUACCGAUAGUUAGGUUGAUAGUUGGCAAUAACCGAUUAAUCAACCGAUAGUUAAAAGGUUACUCCAUGUAAACUAGUACUGAAUUUUUGCAGUUUCAGCAAUCGACUAUCAGUGCCGAUUAAUCUGCAAAACUGAUUAAUCGGUCAACCUCCACUUUCCAAUCAAGUUGAGUCACCUCGAACAACUAAACCAUACAAAUGAACACAUUUGGGCCCUAUUUCAAUUCUUCACAUUUACAGCACUUAUCUUGUCCUCAGAUCCAAUGGAUGGCAAUCCACUUGGCUUGCCACUGAGUGGAAGAUGUAGCACUGUUUAAGUGAAACCUGUAAGAUCCUUCAUGAGACUCACAUGCCACUAGGAUUCACAAAAUUAGCUCUAAAUCCACCAAUGGUGUGCCAACAUGGUGUUAUAAAUAAGUGAUGGGUAGUCUGUUCAACGAUGCCCUAUUUUGCUCUUUUGUAUCUAACCCAGUUGUGUCUUCUGGAAGUGUACUUGGCAAAUCCUUAAAGACCAACUUAAUUAAUUUAUAUAAUCUGCACUCUGCACUUAGACCGGUGGAGGAACAUUUCCAUGGCUUAAGCUACUAUUACUACUACUAUUACAAGCCACGUGUAUGCUAUAAAACACGCAAAGGAUAAUCUGAAAUGAUUUUGAAAAAUUCAUCUUAUUGCGAUGGCUCAUAAAUUAUGACCAGCCUUAAAAGGAGACGCGCAAUAACUGUGGGCAAAAUUGAUAGACACGUCUCAAAUUUCUGAUGCAAACGUUGCCACACACUCUGAAAGCUUAAAUCACAGGAGUGCAUUUGGUCACCCUGGUUUUUAUAACCACUAUGCGCUUUUUCUGCUCUGAAUCACCCAGUUAAUAAAUCAGAUAUCUAUUGUUCAUUCAGGACGACACAAUAAAUCAUAGUGUAAUCACGGUCAUGAUUUGUCAUUAAUGUAAGAAUUUAAAUGGGAUAUUAGUGAGGAAGUUAAUUAAUUGGCUUCAUGGCUGCAUUGCUAAAUCUAAUUACAGUAGUUAUUAUUUUACAAAAUGUAUUUGUUUAUGCUGAUGUGUUAAAUCACAAGCUCCAUAUUAAUAUAUUUGAACCAGGAAUGUUUUUUUCGUUUUUCCAGACUAAGUGUGAGUACAUCUUUUUUUAUUUAUUUUUUGUACUCAGCAAUUAACAUAUGUGACAUGAGGAACAUUCUAAGUUUUUAAGCAUGAGCAUUGUGGAACAUUUUAUUGAAGUUAAGGAAGGAAUUGUAUCUCAGUGAACUUCAGAUAGGAAGGUCGUGAGUUCAAAUACCAGAACCCCCAAAUUGCCACUGCUGGGCCUUUGGGAAAGCCCUCAAACCUCAACUGCUCAAGUUGUAUAAAUAAAAUAGCAGCAUCUUCCGUAAAUGUAAAUGAAGGUAGUUUUAUGUUUGAGAUGUUAUGCAGUUUAUACAUCAUCAUCAAAGAGACUGAGAAUGUCCAACCUGAGCAGCAUGUGGUCCUUAAAAUUGAGAGUAAGAUGUUUCCAGCAAAGUGUAGACCCUGACAAAUCAGUGCGAUUCGGAUCUACUUGAGCUCAUUUUUAAUGACAGCACACGCAUAAUCGUUAUGCAUCCAAAAAUGGGAAAUUGUUCUUAGUGGAUCUUUACAUGAAGGAAAUCUCGUUUACAUACAAACACACAAUCCAAUCACAAAAUAACCACUUACACACACACAUAUGCACAUACAAACCUUCUAUUAGAGACUCCUGGCUGUAUUUUGACUCUUUUUUGUGAUAAGUGGAAAAGUGGAACCACUUUGCAAAGUUCCUGAACCCCUUUUUUUCCAUCCUGUCUGCGGCUGAAGCUAGUGCUGUCAUGGUGAAAGCUGUGGAAUAUUUCUUGUGAACUAAAACCUGGUCAUGAUUGCAUAAGCCAAUUUCGCUUUUGGAUCAAAGUGUGAUUGUUACCUUUUCUUUUUUUUUUGGAACAACCAAUCUCUGUUUGGCUAUCCUGCUAAUUGGGAACUAAACAGUAGCCUAUUUUACAUGUGCACAUGUUUUCAUUGACACUCGUUGGGCUUAGUAGCACCAUGCAAGGUCCUGUAGUGUAGUGUUAUGCGGGGUAACACGACAUAUCAGUAGAGCAAACUUUGUAAUGUAAUCUUUGCUGAAUCUCUAGCAUAUGAGAGAUUAGCAUGGGCAAGAAUUAAAUGGAAGAGUUUUUGGGUAGUUUUGCAGUCUUCAGUCAAAGGUAUUUGUAAUUUAAGAUCUAAGAUCAGUGUGAUUCAUCCUUGCCAGGAUCAAGAGCUUACUGAAGAUGACAGAGCUUUGCAUUCUUUUUAUCAGUACAGUGAAGUUUUCUUGUCUGUGAUAAUUACCUUAAUACCACAAUACAUUUGAAAAAAAUUGCUAGAGUAUUGCUGUAGUAUAAAGUAACACUCUAAGAGACUCUGUAAUUGGAAAAUCAACUUCGUAACAUUAACAUUAGUUCUUUGAUGAAUUUCCUAUAGUGGCAUAUAUUAUAGUGGUAUCUUAUCCCUCACUUAUGCUACAGAUCAAGCAAAUAGAGAUUAUGUUGACAUUGUUUUGAGGUAGCACAUAGUGGACCUGAAAGUCUGGGUUCAGAGUUGAACACGUUUUCUAACUUCACACCCUGGCGAAUAAAAAUGUAGUCACUGGAUAAACAGCAUGUUUCGUAAAAGUCCCUUUGUCACCUUUGCCAUAUUAGACCACCUUUCUGAACUAACUGCACAAGUACCUGUCUGUCACAUACUGGAAGCAGUUUUGUCCUCUGUGGUGAUCCCCCGCCCC